AUGCCUUUGCCUUCUGUCCCUCACACAUCCACCGAAUCCCAAAAUGAUGUCAGUUCCGGAUUCCAUCUGGCUGACGGACGAGGGUACAUGCUUGACCGUGGCUAUUUUGCCUCUUCAAGACUAAACUUUCAAUUCUAUCUCUGGAAAGAGUCUCUACGGUUUAAUUUACACCCCUCUAUUCCUACACCGAUACAGAACUUGCGGAUUGCAGACAUUGGUACAGGAACCGGGUUAUGGCUGUUUGACUUAGCUCGGGAACUGCCAGAUUCAGCACAGUUGGACGGAUUUGAUAUCAGUCUUGCAAAUGCGCCCCAAAAACAAUUGUGGCCACGGAAUGUUACUCUACACCAAUGGAAUGUCUUUGAUGAUGUGCCGGAUGAAAUGAUCGGAAAAUAUGACGUCGUCCAUCUAAGGCUGUUGAUUCUCGUGGUUGAAAAUAGCGACCCAAGACCCAUCAUCCAGAAUGUCUAUAAGAUGUUAAAACCUGGUGGCUACAUUCAAUGGGAUGAUCUGAACUACCCUGAUACUCAUGUUAGAAGGACUUCCGCAGCACCAACCCCAGCCUUCGACUCCCUGCGAGAAUUUGUAUACUCCGACGGACGACACGACUGGGUGUUGGAACUUCCUGAGAUUCUAAACAGCCAGGGAUUCGAAGACGCUAAACAGUUCAACUACGUGGAUAGACCUGAUCUCACCAAAGCAAAUGGAGACCAGCACCUUCUUACCAUGGAGGAAUUCGCAACAACCCUGGCGGCUGCAGGCAGUCAUCAGGCCUCGGAGAAGAUAUUCAACCUAAUUGGAGAGGUGUAUCAGGAGUCAUUGGUUGGCGCAGCUCUGUCUAUGCCGCGGGCUGUGAGCGUUGCUCGUAAACAAAGAAGUGAGACUCUGCGCUCUGUAUUAUAA